AAGGGUCAUCGACCAAUCGCUUUCCACCAACAGCAAGUGACCCCAAAUUUGUAUUAGUAGCCACGAGCUGCUUUUCUACUGGGUAAGGUGAUGGACGCACUGUCGGUGGUGAGCCAGUUGCGGGAUCUGGCGUCAGAGCCCCAGAACCGCGAGGCCAUCGUACAGGACCAAGGCUGUCUACCCGGGCUGGUUUUAUUUCUGGACCACCAGAGCCCGGAAGUGCUGCUUGCAACUUUGCAGACACUCCGCUACUUGGCAGAGUUAUCCCCCAACAUCCCCCCCAUGGAGAAUGAACUUGGGAUGAUGGUGAGCCUGGAGAACCUCAUGGGAAGGGACGACCUGUCAAUGGACAUCACCAGCUUGGCCCGGGAGGUGUAUGGAAUUCUGACUGCACCUCCUCUUCCUGUGCAUCGCACACCUGAGAGAGAGAGGAGAAGGAAGUCACAGUUCUUCAUUAACUCGUCCAACAAGAAGGCCAAGUGUGUCACGUUGCACAUUCAGGGCCUGGACAGCGCCGACCAGCGAGGCUUGUGCGAGGCGGCUCUACUGAAGGUCCGAGGAGUCAUCAGCUUCACUUUUCAGAUGGCGUCCAAGAGAUGCACCGUACGCAUUCGCUCCGACUUGCCCACUGAGAGCCUUGCUUCUGCCAUCGCAGACACCAAGGUGCUGUUGGCGCAACAGGUGGUGAAGAAUGAGGCGGGAGAAGAGGUGGGUCAAGCCAUUUUAGCCAAUCGGAAGCCAGAAGAAAGUCAUUUCAGGAAAAGUCUUCAUCCCUCUGAACCCCUCUGGAGCGGAGGUGCCGCAAAACUCGGCCCUGCCGGAUUACCUCCCUGAGGAGGAGGAGAGCCCUGGGAAGGAGGGGGACCGCGCCGUGUCUCGCACCACCGCCAAGGAGGAUUCGAGCGGGAGCUGGCUCAACGCCGCCGCCAGUUUCCUCACCAAGACGUUCUACUGGUGAAAGAGUCCUCGUCUACUUGCCGAGCAGACAAUCCCCUGGAAUGAUCUACACGUACUGUAUGCACAUACAUGAUUGGAUUCAGGAGUUUUCUGGUUUUGCUUGGAACUGGAGGCUUGACAUCUGUGGAUUUGCGUCCUGUAAAUAUUUACUUUAAAUCUCUUCAACACAUUUCAAACAUUCAACUUCCUUUCUCAAUAUCGUAUUUCCUCAAAUAGAGGCCUCCUCGCCGUGCCUCAAAUAAACGGCUGUUUUCCCCUUGGCAGGUGACCCCACUAGUUGUUAGUAUUAUUCUAUAUAGUUUAUCAUUUGUGGGGGAAAAAUACAUGAUUUAAAAAAAAUGUAGGUUUUUUUAGUCUGCAGUUGAGUAAAUGAACGGCUCUGGCUGCUAUGAGGAAGUAAGGUAUAUUGAAUAAUAGAAUAAGAUUUUUUUUUACAAACUAUAGUAGUUUAUGCAAACAAUGAGUCGACAUCAGCAAAAAGGUAAUCAUGUCAAACAGAUUUAUUUUUCUCACCAAAUACACUUGGAAUAAUGUUUUUUUAAACUGCUCGUUCUUAUAGUAAAAUAUAUUGUUUUAUACAUUAUUUAUAGGAUAGCUUUGAUAUAAUGUUCUUUACUGGUAUUUAAGUCAGUUGUGAGCUCCGUUGUCUUACCAAACAGCAUGUUGCGUUGGCAGUACUGGAUUGGACAAUCCUGGCAAUCUUCCUUGUACUUGGUAAGGCAACAGAACAUCACAAGUAGCAGCAUUUAUUCCAAAAGAAUCACGAAUAAGGUUACUGCAAAAUGAACAUCUCCAGAAUUAUUACUGUAAUAAGUUUAUACGGGUGUGGCGGCAGCUCUGACGGGGUUAAAAGUUGAGCUGAGCCACUGAGAAGGAACUAAAGUCCAAGCAGAUGUUUUGCUUUGCUAACUGAACAGAAUAUCCGGGUUCCGAUUACAUAAAAAAUAAAAGGUCACAUUUCAUGAGUAGAUUCAUUAAAUAAACUAAAAAAAACAUCAGUAGUACUCACCCUAAAGCUGUUUUCUUAGCUCAGGUUUUCAUUCAUCUUUACCUUAAACUGGUGGUGCCACCCUGGAUAAUCGCUACUUUUCAACACUAGGUGCAUCAUAAGAAUGUUACAUGACACACCUUUCCAGCGUGGGAAGUCACUGACUUGUUUCUCCACCUUUCUGUAACAAAAUGAUAACACAAGUGACAGUCCCGACCGUCCUGUUGCCAAGCAGACUGUCAAAGGAAGGAAAAAACACCACGUUUUUGUAAUUAAAGACUUUACAGCUCAUCUGACAGUUAUUUCAAAACGAGGGAGAAAAAGCCCAUCCAGCCUCAAUCAUCACGCGUGAGGGGAAAACAUCCUCUCCUGAGAUGUUUCAUAAGGGCGAUCUUUGCGGUACCCAUCUUUGGGAGGGAAAAAAAAUGGAUGCUUGUUGUCAUGUUGAGUCUCUGCAGGGGGUCAUCAAAAGGUGGAGAAAGAGUGCAUCGAGAGCCUCUCUUUGAUGCCACUUAAUUCUCCGUGAUCGAACCGCCUUUUUUCCUGGUUUUCUGUGGCUGGAUCAUAUCGUCCGAUGAAACCAUCAGGCCACGUCUGAGGAUGGAGGAAAUGAACACCAUCAAACUACCAAUCCAUGAAAACCACUCCAGAGUAAAAGGGGAGCUGGAUGGUGCAACAAUUGCUAUUCUCGUGCAUCCACUAGGGGGAGACAAGUCAUUUUAUGCUAUAAAGCAGGGGUGUCCAUUACACUGAUUGGGAGCUACUGGUCAUCGCAUAAAUGUCACUUUGUAAAUGUCACAUGACAUUACGCUCCCAUCCUGAUUCGCUUUUGGCAAAGAUGAAGUGGUGAACAGACGUUGCAAGUUACACACGGAGAGAACGUUCAUUUUUAUUAUUCCGAUUACGGAUAAACUAAGUGAGCAGUAAGAUGCUUAUAUCUAUAACAGUUAUCUGUUCAAUUGUAGAGGCUAGUUAUGUAGAAAAAAAGUGAAUUGUUUGACGGCUUUGCUGCGCAUCCUGAACUCCACUAUAGAAACGUGUUUUCUGCAUAAAGUAUUAUUUCAUGAUGGAUUGGAAGAUGUGCCCAUUGCUGGAAGCUUUUUAAUAUGUAGCGCUUGUUGAUGAAUUCAUUGAUUAAAAAGCAUAUUGUCCGCAAAACCCAUCUAUCAAAUGUAAAAACCUAACCUGCUCCCUGUUGGACUGAAA